AGAAGAAGGCACGAGACGCUCACGAGUUUGUAACGUCGAGGAAUUUGGGGCCUUCUCGGCUGCCGUAGGUUUCAAUAUGGCUGCCCCCAGGGGCGCGCUAGAGUGAGGCCGCGGACCGCGUUUCAUCUCCAUCGCAUGGAUCGCAGCGCGGAAUUCCGGAGAUGGAAGACGCAGUGUUUGAGCAAAGCGGACCUCAGCCGGAAGGGCAGUUUGGACGACGACGUGGUAGGGCUUGUGCAGCUCCUGAACGAGCAGGAACAGUUUUUCACCACUAGUUCCUGCUCGGGCCGCAUCGUGCUUCUAGAUGGGGUGAGGAUCCUUUAUGCCGGGUGGUCAGCAGCACACAGGAACCCGGUUCUCGAACUCGGUGCCGCGCCCCAAUCCAGCCUUUCUCUGACCCUCCGGUGGAUGGGUACAAAUGGUUUUGAGAUUCAGAAACAAAACUGUUGCUGGCUACUAGUUUCACACAAACCGUGUGUAAAAGAUGAUGUGAUUGAAGCUCUGAAGAAAGUGAAUGGAGAUGCCAUUUUGAAAUUUGAACCAUUUGUUCUUCAUGUGCAAUGCCAAGCGUUGCAAGAUGCUCAGAUUCUGCAUUCUGUGGCAAUGGAUUCUGGUUUUCGGAAUUCUGGCAUAACAGUAGGAAAGAAAGGAAAGACUAUGUUGGCUGUCCGGAGCACACAUGGCUUAGAAGUUCCGUUAAGCCAAAAGGGAAAACUGAUGGUGUCUGAGGAAUAUAUCGCCUUCGUGUUAAAUAUAGCAAAUCAGAAAAUGGAAGAAAAUAAGAAGAGAAUUGAAAGAUUUUAUACCUGUCUACAAAAUGCUUUGGAAAGAGAAGCCAGUAGUAACUCACAUCUCAAAGUGAAAAGCAAAGAGAAUAACUCAUUAUAUACUCAUAAGAAAAAAAGAAAACCAGAAAAAGCAUGUGACAAAUGUGUUAUUGAAAAAAAUGAUAAUGGCCUUGAAAAUGAUGAGGAUGAUGCUGGACUCAAUGUUAACAUCUUCCCUGAAGAUUACUAACAUUUGGUUCUCAAGUGUCCUGAUAGACUGUUUCUAAUGAGUAUUACAAAAUUGCUCUUUAUAAGAGUAUUUUAGUUGCUGAAUAUAUCAAUCAGGAAAACAAUAUUUUCUCUAUAUUUUAGAGAAACUGUUCUUAUUAACAUAAAUGACUUUUUUGAAAUAAAUGUAAAUGAUAUUUGUCCACUAAAUGCCAUUUCAGUCACAUAUUCAUUGUAAGAAUAAAAUUAUAAUUUUCAGUGA